AGUGAUUAGGCAAGAUGAGACUCCAGUUGAUGUAUUUGACCGGUGAGUCUUUCCAACUGGAUGUCGACCCUAACAUCCAGGUGUCGGCUCUCAAGGAGAAAAUAUACCAAGCAACUCAGGUGCCAGGUUUCCAACAGCGCCUGAUGGUGCAAAACGGGCAGCAGGUGGAGCUUCGGGACAACAGCCGGCUGAGGGACUAUAACCUCCCCCCUGACUCCACGGUCAUGCUGCUGAUCAGGAAGGAGGAACGCAUACAGAUAUUCCUCCGCAACGUCAAGGGGAAAACGACAACGUACGACGUGCUGCCUUCUGAGUCCGUGCAGGAGUUUAAACAAAAAGUACAUAGGCAGGAAGGGGUCACGCCCGACCAACAGCACCUGACAUUUGAGAGCAACCAACUGGAAGAUGGCCGGUUGCUCUCAGAUUACAACAUCAGGUCUCGGUCCAUCAUCCAGCUCGUGCUUCGUCUGCGCGGUGGUUAAUUUGCGCUCGACUGAACUAGAUUAAAACUGUUAAUUAUAUUUUGCAUUCCUAUUUUCUAAUACUUGAUUUAAAAGAGACCAGAGAUGAGUCGAUUUGUUCAAUGUUCGAUAUUGUUCACUUUGCUUCUUUCUGCUGCCUAUCUGCUUCAUUUGGUUUAGUCUAGAGAUACAGGGGGAAAGCAGGCCCUUCCACCUACUGAGUGCGUCGACCAACGAUCCCUGCACGCUAACGCCAUCCUACACACACUGAGGACAAUUUACAAGUUUACUGAAGCCAAUUAAUUAACCCACCAACCUCUAUAUUUGGAACAUGGGUGGAAGCCGGAACACCCGGGGAAAACCCACGCAGGACAUGUGGAGAACGUACAAACCUCAUAUAGACAGCCCCCGCAGUCAGGAUCAAACCCAGGUCUCCGGCGCUGUAAAUAGCCGCAGAUGAGUGAUCAUCUCGGAUGAAUAAAGCCGAUCAAGUUGGAUCAGCUGGCCACAUUUCAGCCUUCUCAGCUUGGCCAAAAAUGCAGUUUGUUUAAAUCUGACACAUUCCUUCAUAUCCAACUCUGUACCUUUUGUAGACACAAAAUGCUGGAAUAACUCAGCGGCAUCUCUGGAUAGGUGAUAUUUCGGGUCGAGACCCUUCUUCAGACUUCGGUUCAGAGGUGUGCACGGUAAACCGGCGUGGUCCAGAUGAAUCUGAUUCCUACGAGUACACAAACCACAUUGGCUUCUCACUUAUUCUAUGGCCAAAGGAUAGCUGAUCUAUCCUCCAAUCUAUAACGUGAAAUACUUCACCAUACAGGAAAAAAAAUCACAUAUAAAGCAUAGAACAACCGUCACCAUGCUGAGAAAUGCUUCCACACACUCUGCAAAUCAUUGCUUCAAAAUUACCGUCUUCAUGUUAGUUUGAGUUCUAAAUGCCUUUCAAUGUACUGUUGAUGCAAAAUCCAAUCUACUGUGCAACUAAAGCAUUCCACAUUAAUAAAUAUAUAACUGUAUGAA